UUAAAAUAUCAUUAUUUCUUGUUAUUGUCAUUGAACUUACAUCUACAAGCAGAAUGUCCAGAUUUAGGAUUAUGCAACAAUAAAUCUAGUCUAGAAUUUAACAAUAUCUAGAUCUAGUCUAGUAGAUCACAAAAAGGUUUUAAAUUUUGGAAGGGAUGGUCCUCUCAGACUGUUUCAUGGAAGAGUAGACAAAGCAAAGAUAAAAAGGCCAAAUAGUUUGUAAGUGGAGAGCAGUAAAUUGUGGAAAGGGGCUUUUCUUUUGGAUUCUUUUGUGAAAGGAGUAAAGCAGAGAUGGAUAAACUACUCUGUAAAACCCUAAGGCCUGAAUGUUUGAUAAAGAAGGUUAUAAAUUUACUACACCAUCGACAUUUAGUGGAGGAGUGUAUUCAUAACAGAUAUUUAAAAAAGAAGCUAUCUAAGACACUGAUUUCGCAACUAACUACAGUACAGUCACAGCUGGUACUAACACAGAGGCCAGAAUCUAAGAUAUUGCCAGCAUUAAAGAAAUAUAUUCAAGUGCUUUCAUAUUAUUUGAUCAAAUCAAAUAGAUUUCCAUCGAAUGUACAUUUCAGUUGGAUAAAUGCAGAUAUAAACAAAUAUCUUUAUUCAUCAUCUGAGAAUGAAAACCAGAAAAAAGAAAACAAAGAUGAAUCUGACAAGGCAAAUAGGCAAGAGAAGCCAGAUGAUGAAGAAGAGGAAGCAAGAAAGAAAAUGGAGCUGAUGCGUUCCUUGUUCACCUUCAUAUCUGUCUUAGUCCUUGCUUGGAUUCUUUCCCCUAGCAGCAAUGACCAGAGUUCUAAUAUCAAAUAUAUCUCUUGGAGUGAAUUUUAUCAUAACAUUUUACUUAAAGGGGAGGUCAAAAGCAUUUAUAUUCAUUUUGCUGCUAAAGAAGGUGAAGAGGAUAUUGCAAUUAUUGAAGUUCAUGAAGGUGCUAUAAUUAAAGGACAGCCAGCACGAGGACGAUUUUUAAUAAAAAUUCCUAAAGGUUUUAAUUUUGAGGAGAAAAUUAGGCAAGUGGAAGAUGAUCUUAACAUGCCCCUGAAUGACAGAAUACCAAUCAGAUAUGGCUACUCUAACUCCUGGGUGAUGUUGGCAUUACAACUAGCCAUUGGUCUAGUUUUGUUCCUCUUCAUUCGUCAAAUUUUCACUUCCAUGAUGAAAGGCAAGGAUGGAAAUGUGCCAGACAUGAUGGACUUUUUAUCUGGUGGUAUUAGACAAGCCAAGUUUACACGUGUUGAUAUUGCUUCUAAAGGUUCAAAAGCGGUGACUUUCAAAGAUGUAGCUGGGCUGAAGGAAGCCAAAAUUGAACUGAUGGAGUUUGUGGACUAUCUGACCAACCCACAGAGAUUCAAGAAUCUUGGAGCAAAAACUCCCCGAGGAGCAUUACUUCUUGGUCCACCUGGAUGUGGAAAGACACUACUGGCUAGGGCACUCGCCUCAGAAGCCAAAGUACCCUUUUUAGCCAUGGCUGGCUCAGAAUUUGUUGAAAUGAUUGGAGGUGUUGGUGCUGCACGAGUCAGAAAUCUCUUUAAAGAGGCCAGAAAUAAAGCUCCAUGUAUCAUCUACAUUGAUGAAAUUGAUGCCAUUGGGCGUAGCAGAGGAGGUUCUGCCAGUGCUGGGGGUGAGGAUGAGCAUACAUUGAAUCAACUUCUGGUGGAAAUGGAUGGCAUUGAAACCCAGGAAGGAGUUAUCAUGUUGGCUGCCACUAACAGAGCUGAUAUUCUGGACAAAGCAUUACUUCGUCCUGGUCGGUUUGAUCGUCACAUUAUGAUUGAUCUACCGACACUAAAGGAAAGAGAGGAAAUAUUUACUGUGUAUUUAAACAAGUUGAAAUUAGCUCAGCCUGCUGAAGCCUAUGCCAAAGCUUUAUCCAGACUCACUCCUGGAAUGAGUGGUGCUGACAUUAACAACAUCUGUAAUGAAGCUGCCAUUCAUGCUGCAAGGGAAAAGAGCCUGUUUGUAGAUAAACACAAUUUUGAAUAUGCUGUAGAAAGGGUUAUAGCAGGAGUAGAAAAGAAAACCAGACUUUUGUCCCCUACAGAAAAGAAAGUGGUUGCUUACCAUGAAUCUGGCCAUGCUCUGGUUGGAUGGAUGCUUAAGUACACAGAUGCUUUAUUAAGAAUUUCAAUAAUCCCAAGAACCAACAGUGUAUUGGGAUUUGCACAGUAUCUACCUUCAGAUCAAAAACUAUAUUCUCAAGAAGAACUGUUUGAAAGAAUGUGUAUGGCUCUAGGGGGUCGAGCUGCUGAAAGUCUUAUUUUUAACCACGUGUCAACAGGUGCCCAUGAUGAUUUACAGAGAGUUACAAAAAUGGCGUAUGAUCAGAUUAAAUCAUUUGGCAUGAGUCCCAAAAUAGGUCAUUUGUCAUUCCCUUCCAAUGAAGAAAAUCCAGGUUUGAAACCAUACAGCCAAAGAUUAGCUGCGACCAUUGAUGAGGAAGCUAGAAUGCUGGUAACUCGUGCCUUUCUUCAUACUCAGGCAGUUUUACAAGAGCAUAAAGAAAAAUUACAUAAGCUUGCCACAACUCUUUUAGAAAAGGAAGUUUUGACCUAUGAAGAUAUCCUGAAGCUGUUAGGUCCACCUAUACAUGGGAAGAAAAAUGUAAUUGAGCCACAUGGUUGGGAAGGAAUAAUGCCAGGCUCUUCAAAUAACAACAAUACCGGGUACCAACAACAGUGAAUGCAAAGAGUGAAAUAGAUAAAUGAUGUUCAAUUUGUUGUUUUAAAUGAUAAAGAAAUUUGUUUGUUUAAAUACAAUUUAAGCAUUGAAAGAUUAUACUUGGUAUUAAAAUAUUUUUCUGUAAAUAAAAAGUAGAGAUCAUUAUUCUGAUUUAUUGUAUUGAAUGUGAUAUGACUGCUUGUUCUUGAGCUGUUUAUCUAAAUAAUUAGACACCUUAUUUUCUUUGUGACUGUUUCAACAAAUACUUCUGAAAAUUAAAAUUGUUAGCUGUAGAUAGAAAAAAAAAAGUUAUUUUAACUAGGGCAUUCAUAUUUUAGUAGGAAGAAGUUAAUUUAAUACCUGUUAUUAGAAGUGUGCAUAUGAAUGUUAUUUUAUGAAUUAUUUUUGAUAGCUUUGACAUAGUUGAUGUUUUUCAUUGUUACAGAUUUUAUGUGGUUUGAAUAGUGAUAUUUGGAAAGAAAGUUUUUUUAAAGUCAUAUCUGUACUAUUGUGAAUAUAUAAUUUGAAAUAAAUGAGAGCUCCACUGAUU